AUGAAUAGACAUAGAGAAAAGAACGACCAUGUGAGCGUAAACAACAAGAGCUGCCCCGAUGAUGAAGCAACUAACAGAAGGAAUAGAAACACCAACAAUGAGCAGCCACGUCAAGUAGACAAAUCCCACAAUGAGAGGAGAGUAAAUUCUGCACAAGCUGUUAUGUAUGCUUCGAAAGCCAUUCGUGGGAGCAACCCUCAGAGUGAAAAAGCAGAUGCAUCAACGAAGAGAGCAAACCUUAUUACUGUCCAGAGGCAACUACACAGUACCCUUUCCAAAACGGAAAAGGAGAAACGAGACCUCAAGCGUGACUUCCUUCGGAGGGGAGAUUAUUACACACACGUAGAUGGGCCAGACCUUUGUGAUGAAAAAUUAAAGGCGGAAAAUCGCCUGCACUGUUCAGGUAGAAAAACGGACCCAUCCUCAACCAUUCGUACACAGUUAACACAGAAGAAGGAUAUUAUCCUGAUCAGGCCGAAGAAGAAUAACAACAGUUGGGACUCGGCCUGCAAGAGGAAAAUCAAUUGGGAUGACGCAUUAGAAAAUAAAAAACGCAAACCAUCCCAUUCGCACGAUAAGGGUGGUCACAAUAGUGGGAGCGCCAUUUCUUGUGCCAGCGUGGUGGAAGGAAAAGAACAGAAAAGAGGUGAGGAAGCGGAGCAUCCACGUAGAAGCGUCACUGGUGAAAAUUCCCAUAUUGGCUCUAUUGGUAGGAUGUUGCCAGUAGGAGAACAGAGGAGAAGAGACGAACUUAGUGGAGGAGACCCCAGAAUGAGGCCAUGUGUAAGCGGCAGAACAUCCGAAGGGACAAGCCUUGCAAUAGAAGAGAGGCGAGGCGAAUCGUCUGCUUUUGCUUUAACUCCGAAUGAUAAGCUAGAAGAUGUGUCUCUAAAAGGAGGAAGCAGGAGAGAGCACCCUUGGGGGGUGCACAUUAAACCUAAGGAAGACCUCUCACAUGGUUCAUACGUCGACGUGGUGAAGGAUGAUGGGAACAGCACCGUUGGGGCAAUCCCAAAGGGUGGUCCACCAAUCAGUGAAGAGGUGGAUGAACCUAUAGAGUGCAAAGAACAGAAGGGAAGAGAGGAGAAAAGAAUAAACACAGGUCAGGCAGAUCAAAGGGAGGCUCCCCUAAAUAGGGACACAUCCAUCAGUGCUAUAGAAAAGGGUGAAGGGAAGGAAAAAUGUAUACACUCCAGGGAGGAUUCUUUUUCUUUUCGGAAGAGAAGCAUGGGUGAGGAGAGGACAGAUGAGAUAGCUGUUUACAUGGUUAGCAGAUGGAAUUCCCAAUCCGCAAGUCGCGACCACACGGACAGAGCAUUACCUCCAGGUGGACACACCGAAGGAGGAAACAAAAAAGGUCCUACUGGCACCCACCUUUUUAGCGAAAUUAGAAACGCGUAUAAAGAGAGGAUGUCCAGUGAUCUACAGAUAAGUCGUCCAAUGAAAAAACCACCAGAGGAUGAAUCAUCACAUGUGUUGCAACGGAGGGGGGAACUGUCUACCCAUAAUUAUUCAGAUGACGGUGAGGUAGAGAAGGGGCUAAGGGGGACAUACAAAAGUGGUGAAUCGGUUAGGGACACACUUUUAGACGCAGAGCGUAUUCCCCACGCCAACGAGGAUACAGACAUGGUUCAACAAAGCGUUGCUCUCCAUGAAGGCAAUGCACCUGCCACUGGUGCGGCAGUAGGGGAACCUCCCUCUAAAGCGCAGAGGGAGGAGGCACCCCCGCCCAACAGACGCUUCGCCGCUCACACGCUCUCCUCGAACAGUAAAAACAUAAAAACGAUAAAGGGGAACUUCAAACAGGGACAGAAGAAAGGAACCCCAGCUAGCCAAAAGGGAAACGCAAUUCCCAAAGGAGCGGCUACACAAUUGAUAAAAACGAACAACAAAGGGAUUAUACAAAAUGAGGGGGAAAGAAAAAAUACAAUUUUUCCAUCUAGUAAGAGGGAUAAAGACAGCUCAGGGGUGACCUUCACGCGGGGCGUCAGCAGAAAGGCAGACGGAACGGAUGCACCCGACGGGUUGGUAAUUCCGUAUUGUCACCUCUCUGCCCGAUCAGCUCUACCAAAAGGAGAAAAAGACAAAUCAGAUAAGACAACUCAAAUGAGAAAAUUUUAUGGACAGUUCGGGUCAAGUAGAGGGAUGGCAACGCAUGGUAGGAAUCCUCCAGGGGUGGGAUCAUCUAUAAUGAGAAGGAUGAACGGUCACCCGGGGGGAGUCCAAAGGGGGUCGAAGGGUAAAGACGUGGGAAGGGGAAACCCCAACGAGGAGGCAACUAACCCAAUGGAGGGGCCGUCUACGCUUCUGCCUCGAACAAAUCUGGUCGUGGGCGAUGGGGAGAGGAUCAAAAGACACAACGGAUUCGGAGGCAAUAAGGGUAUCCAAAGUCAUAACUAUGGGCAUAGCCGCAACGAAUUGCCGUCCCGGGGACUCCAAGCAAAAACCACCAACGUUGUAGUGAAGAGAAACCCGCACGGGAAAGACAACAGCAGUAGUAAUAGUAACAGCUCAGUGAAAACGUCCAGGACGUUGCUAAGCAGCGCCAGCAGCAGUUCAUUCAGGGGUGCCAAAGGGUUGCCAAGCGAAAGGGGGAAUAAAAUAACGACGCAGUUGUACAAACAAGGUAGUAGGAACCGUCGGGGGGAGGACGAAAACAUAACGGGAACCACCAAACGGAACAAAGAUAAUUACAACAAUAGCUCGUCUUCGAUGAGCAAGCGGUCGGAAAAUGCCAUCGGUAGUAAGAGCGAACUGAGCAGGAGGAGACCACUGGUGCACAUGUCCAAAUGUAGAGGCAACGCAGAUGCAGCAAACAUGGGUUCUAGUUAUAUCAUAGAAUCCAGGACAAACACAGAGGAGAAACCUAGUAAAGAUGAAUCCCCCAGAUGCAACCUCACCCAUUUUAGCAACUCAAAAAAGGGAAGUAAGAAGAGCCACCUCAAUUAUAAGGAUCCCAUAAGUGAAGAAAUGGAAAGACACCGAAUGGAUCAGAAAAAAAAAAAAAAUGUAAAAAGCAAUUCCAUUCCUCCGGGGAAUAUGAACAAAGGCGGGAGGAGCAACAAUUCAAAGAAUAUUUUUUUGGCUGGACAGCAUGACUGCAGUGGGGAGGGAGAAGACGGAGAGGCGAAGAACCAGGGGGGGAGUAGGUCCUCCACAUUUAGAAAACGCAGCGAUAGCUACGACGAGAGGGGAAAACACCCAAAGGGGGGAGAAAGUACUUCUGGUACAGGUGGGCGUAGUAACAACGGGGGAGGAAGAUCCUUCGCAAAGGAGACGCUGAGUGAUAACUCACGCAGGCAGGAUUCGAGCAGUUCAGCUAGCCAACGGGAAAGGAAGGAAAUAUCCUACUUUGAGUGGCUAGCUAGGGAGAAGAGAAAGAAGGAGGAAGGUAUGAACACAGGCGAAGGAACAGCUGCAUGCGAUGGUGCAUCUACACAAAGACGAUCAGCAGAAGGAGAGGCCAUUCCCUGCGAGGUCGGUGAGAAGAAUCCACUGAGCGACGCACUGCAGGAGGAGCACUACCACUUGAUGCUACAACCACUGAGCGCCUUCAACCUGAAGCAAAACGAAAGGCAUUUCGAGCAGGAAGAUUUUAUAGUAGAUAAAAACCCCAUAGGGAAUGGAAGGACAGGACUAGUUUUUAAAGCGAUUAUAAAAAAGGAAAACGAAUAUGUAGCAUUAAAAGUUAUGGCAAAGGAUACCAUCGCUUCGUUGAAUAUCGAGAGACAAGUGCUGAAGGAAAUAAUAAUCCAGGCAAGCUUAAGUCAUAAAAAUAUUUUGCAGUUAAUAGCGUAUUUUGAAGAUAGAACCCGUUUAUUUUUGAUUCUGGAGCUAGCCAAUGGGGGAUCCAUAAGAAACAAAAUGAAGUCAGAUGCACAACCGUUGGUGGAAGAACAAGUAGCAUUGUACGUCUACCAAAUUGCAGAUGCAUUGGCCUACCUGCAUAAAUUUAAUAUAAUCCACAGGGACCUAAAACCAGACAACAUUCUGUUGCACCACUCGGAUGAAUAUAAAGGAGACCACAUUUAUAAAUACGGGGUGGUUAAAAUUGCUGACUUUGGAUUCUCUUGCCAGCUGAAAAAUAAAAGACAAAAGAGAAGCACCUUCUGUGGGACCGUCGAUUAUAUGCCUCCCGAAAUAAUAAACCAGAUUCCCUACGACUGUAACGUCGACUUGUGGUGCUUGGGCAUUGUGAUCUUUGAGCUGCUUGUCGGCUUUCCCCCAUUUACAGACGACACGCAGGAGCGCAUAUUCAGCCAAAUCAAGGAACUGAACUUCCACUUCCCCAAGGCAAUUUCCUUGCAGGCACGGGACCUCAUACUGAAGCUAUGCAGUAGAACGGCGGACGAGCGUAUUUCAGCCGAAGAGGUUAAGACCCACCCGUGGGUCAAGCAGUUCCUUUAG